CGCCCUCGCGACUUGUUGUAGUCAACGUUCGCUGACCUACCUACACGCUCGAGAAGAAGCGCAGACAAGGUGGCCAGCGGCGAAUGGGGUCUCUCGGCAUGGCACACGAUCCAUCGUACGUGCCCCGGCCCUCUGGCUUGGGCAGGAGUACCUCGUUGCCGGAACCGACGUUUGCCUCGCUUCUCCCCGUCUUGUUCCAGGCGACGUCGCCCGAUGGCCCCACGCUCUCGCGGGCCACCGACUACCUGGCCGACCUGGAGCCCUAUCCGAGCUUCUGGUCGCUGCUCCUCGACGUGGCGUUUGAGCGACGUUUUGAGAUUGACGUCGCGACGCUGUCCAAGGAGAAAGCGGCCAUGGGCCUGGGCUCCGACGUGUCUGCGCACGACGUCGAGGGUCGGUGCAGCGCCAUGCGCGCACUGGCCAUCAUUCGCUUCAAGAAUGGCGUCGACAAGUACUGGCGCAGCCGCGUCGUCAACCGCGUGACGAUUACGAUUCCCAAGGAGAAAAAGGACGAGCUUCGGAGGAGCCUCUUUCGCUGCCUCGACGAACCGGACCGCGUCGUGGCGCUCCAGGCCAGCGUGGCUGUGGCCAGGAUCGCCCGGCUUGACUUUCCCAAUGCAUGGCCGACGCUGUUCGAGGACCUGCAGAGAGCCAUGGUGGAGGCCCAUGCGUCCUUGUCUGCGUCGGAAUCCCUGUCAAAUGGCGCCACAGAGUCGCACCACCUCGAUCGCAACCGGCUCAUUCUCCUCCGCGCGUCCGACGUCUGUGCUCGGACUCUCAAGGAGCUCGGCACCGUUCGGAUUCUCGCUGGAAAGAUUAGGAUGACGGAGCUCUCUCGAAUGCUGCUCCCGACGCUGGCGCCCAUGCUGCACCAGUACUUUGCCGAGACAUUUGCUUCCACAUCGGACCUUCAGGGAUGGGCCUCGUCGCCCUUUCUCGCAGAGAGGAUCCGCACCUGCCAACUCCUUCUGAAAGCCGUCACACAUCUCGCCGUGGCCGACAUGGGCGCCAUCACCAAGAACUCGGCCGCUGCCGGCGGCCUGGCGCCCAACCUCGCCCAAGACUUUUUCCGGACGACGCCCGGGAUGCUGCAGAAUCUGCGGGACGCGAGGCUAGCAUUUAUUCAGCUCGUCAGCGGCAAAGAGGGCAGCAUCGACAUGCAGAACUUUGCCGGGCCGAUUCUGGCGAACCUGCAGAAGCAUCUGCUCGGCUUUGGCAAGUUCUACAUUGCGCUGCUGGAGAGAGAGCGGUCAAAGGCAGCCAGUUGGCAAGGGUGGGGAGAUGUGAUCUGGUGGUACUGGGUGCAGGCAAGAGAGUACAACGCCGCUGUGGGACAAGAAGAGGAGCUUGUAAAGACACACCCAAGACGUUUCGUCGUCCAGGCGCUGACCCUGUUGCGCAAAAGCUUAGAAGAAUGGAAGAAAGACUCGCUGCCAGGUCCAUUCGCUCAAGGGUCAUUUGCCCAGGACGCCGCGGACAUUCUGAUGGGCCGCUUAAUGCUCCUGUCAAGAGAAGACCUGGAGGCGUGGGAGGCGGACGCCGAAGACUGGGCCGUCAACGAGGAGGCCGAGACCUACGACAUCGACGUGCGUCCGGCUGCCGAACGGACGCUGAUGGUCUUGGCGUCAUCGACGAAGCCGGCAAAAGCCGUGGGCGAAUACAUCUGGGCCAAGUUCGAGGCUUGCUCGAGCGAGCCACCGGCUGGCGACCUGGACAGCUUGUUGAGGAGGGAUGCUCUGUAUGCGGCUCUGGGUCGAUGUAGGGACGAAUUGCCCGAGGAGGCAUCUCUCUCCAUCGUCGCCGGCCAAAGACUGGUCCCAGAAGCGUCAUUGGAUGUCGAUGCAGGCCGAAGCUGGGUCAUUAUGCGGAGGAGAAUCGCAUGGCUCCUCUGGGAGUGGUCCGAUCACAUUCAUCCCCCGCAACGACCUUCGGUGUAUGGGCUCCUCGUUUCGCUUCUGGAAGACGUGCCAGACAAAACGGACGCAGCGGUGCGAUUGGCCGCGGCGAGAUCCAUCUCGGCCCUCGCCGAUGCCCUCGAAUUCGACCCAGAGGCGUUCCAGCCUUACGUCGAUGUUGCCUUGACGCGACUGGCCAAGCUAGCCGCCGCAUCGGAUUUGCACGAGAUGGACAGCAUCAAGACGUGCACCAAUGCGCUAGCCAUUCUUCUCGAGCGAUUGGGGCCGCGCGUGGCGCCUUACGUGGACCAGCUUGCGUCGCUCGUUCCGCCACUCUGGAGCAGCGAGGAUCCGGACUGCAAGGCGAAACCGAGCGUGAUUGUGUUUGUCGGUAAGCUCGUGCGCUCCGUCGAGUUGAUCCCGCAAGGUCGACAAGGGUCCGGCGACCAGCUGCAUGGCAUUGUCGAGGUGAUUGUGCGGGACAGUCUUCAGCCUGCUACUUCGACGCUGCUGGGAAAGGAUGCCUUUGAGCUGUGGAUCAAGGCCCUUCGCUCUAGCCCGACGAUGACAGAGCCCCUCUUCAGGCUGCUGCCUCUCUUGCCAGAGUACAUGAACCAGCCGGAAUUCUGCCCCGAAGCAUGUCGUGUUGUGCAAGAGUCGGCUCUGAUGGCUCCCAACGAGCUGCUAGCGCAUCAUGGCGCCAACAUCUUCUCUGCCUUUACCUCGAUCAUUGCGGACCCGAUGAGUCCGCUCAUCCUUCACCCUCUGUCUACGCUGGACAUUGUCAUUCAGUCACUCGCCGCUUCUGGUGCUGGUCAGGACGUGUGGCCUCAAUUGGUGGACCAGACGGGUCUCCUGGCUGCACUGGUCGGAUCGCUUCUCUGCGUCAAGGAGGCAGCCGUAGUGUCUGCCUAUUUUGUCUCGCUCCUUGCCAGGCUGGCCUUCGUCUCAAGUGGUGACAUGUUCAUGCAACUCCUCCACUCUGCAUCUGCGCGUCUCGAUGGCAUCUCUUCGUCGCCAUCCGAGGUGGCAAGCAAGAUCAUCAAGCCCAUGCUGCUCCUGUGGUGUCAGCGCUUCGAGAACAUGAGCUCCAGCCGACGUCGACGCAUCACAUGCAUGGGUCUUGCAGCCGUGUUGGGUGCCGCGGAUCCAUCGAGGGAGCCAGAGGUGUACGAUGCGUUGCCCGAGAUGAUCUCCGUGUGGACCGAGGCGCUGUCCGAGCUGGCCUCGUCCGAUCUCGCCUCCUCUUCGUCGUCUAUCGGAGGUGCACCCAAUGCGCCGCCUCCUUCGCCGCUCUCGCACCGGAGCGCCAGCGGGGACUUCUACCAGGCAAGAGGCCGCUCUCCAUCGCCCGCCCUCUCGCUGGGCCUCGAUGACGACGGCGAUUGGCUCGAAGACAACAGCCCCGGCAAAGCUAGGCUGAACAACCUGUCCGACGUAGACCCGAGCUUCCGAACGAGGCUGCAAGAGCUUCUCUCGGCAACGCUCAAUCGCGCACAAGCCAAAGACCCCCAGAGGUUCAACGCAGUCAUGGCAAACGUUGAUCCACUCGUCGUAGAGAUGCUCCAAAAGGAUCUGGCAAAGUGAAUCAGCUUGCCGAUCUUUCUCCUCCCUCUAGAUACCCUCCCUUUCCGACUCUACACUAAUCUUUUCCUCGAGCCCACAUCAGAGUCACUACACUCGUAAAACGCCUGUUAGCAUAAUCACUCGCACAAAACCAAAGGAGAAAUGUCAAAAAAGAGUCCAUUGCUUGCGAAUUAGGAUGCUGCCAUUAAUGAUGUAGAC